UCUCUCUCUCUGUUGUUGUCUAUAAAAUGCCAACACAAGAUAGAGAGCGAGCGUGUGGUGUGGGGAGGCAAAUGAGAUAAUAGAGAAACCAAUCUGAUCUCGAUCGGUUAUUAAUUAGUCUUGUGAUGAUGCAGUCUGAUAAUCAUCAGCAGGAGUCGUUUGUGUGUGUUGAUCAGGUAAAGCUGUUUGGGUCAUGGGCGAGUUCAUACACUCACCGAGCGCAACUGGCUUUGAAGCUCAAAGGUGUGGAGUUCGAGUACGUGGAAGAGGAGCUUACUAACAAGAGCCCUCAACUCUUGCUCUACAACCCCGUCUACAAGAAGGUUCCCGUUCUCCUCCAUGGCGACAAGGCCGUGGCCGAGUCUGUCAUCAUUCUCCAGUACAUAGACGAAACCUGGUCGGAAAACCCCAUAUUGCCCGACAAUCCCUACGAGAGAAGCCUCGUCCGAUUCUGGUCUCAUUUUGCCGACGACCAGCUGGGUCCUUCAGUGGGGCUGGUAUUCCGGUCGACGGGAGAGCAACAAAAGGCGGCAGUGGAGCAAGUGAACGACAAUCUGAAGCUGCUGGAGAAGGAGAUGGAAGAAGGGUACUUCAAGGGGAGGAGGUUCUUUGGAGGUGAUAAGAUUGGGAUGCUGGAUAUCGUGUUGGGCUGCGGAUCCUAUUGGCUGUGGGUGUUGGAAGAGGUCGCCGGAGUGAAGCUUGUGGAGUCGGGGAGGUUCCCCAGGUUCCAUUCCUGGCUGCGGGAUUUCGAAGAGCAGCCGGAGGUUAAGGAAACUAUUCCUCCCACUGAUAAGUUGCUGGAUUAUGCUAAAAGCAUUCACCUCGUUAUUCUACUCAAUGGUGAUCAAGCUCAAGCUCAAGCUCAAGCAGAGAAUCCUUAAGUUGCAGUAUUAAUAUAUAUAUAUAUAUAUAUAUAUAUUUUGAAGUAGAACUAUUAAUCCCUCUUUCUCUCUCGUCUGUGAUGUUUCUGUGUAGGAAUUAUUAGGAAAAAGCUUGUGCUGUACUUGAUAUUAAUAUAUCAAAUUAUCAAGUAUUAAUUGUAAA